AUAUGAAGACGAGAUCAACCGGCGCACGGGGGCCGAGAACGAGUUCGUGGUGCUCAAGAAGGAUGUGGACGGCGCCUACAUGAACAAGGUGGAGCUGCAGGGCAAGGCAGACUCGCUGGCAGAGGAGAUCAACUUCCUGCGGGCUCUCUACGAGGCGGAGCUGUCCCAGAUGCAGCAGCAGGUGUCGGACACCUCGGUGGUGCUUUCCAUGGACAACAACCGCAGCCUGGACCUCAACAGCAUCAUCGCCGAGGUGAAGGCGCAGUACGAGGACAUCGCCAACCGCAGCCGCGCCGAGGCCGAGGCCUGGUACCAGAACAAG